AUGUUGGGGCAGGCGAAGGCGGGCGAUAUUCCAGAAGCGGCUGCGUUGCUGCAACGUUGCAUCCCGAGUGCAAGUGCAAGCACAAGCACCAAGCUGGUUGAGGAAGAAGCUCCUGUCAAGAGUGCUUUUGAUAUGUUGCUGCUGGCGGACAACCACCAACAGGGUGAAGGAGGCGUGCUUCAAGACUUUGAUAAGGCAGCAGAGUACUACGAACGAGCCGGAGCGAUGGGUGCCGUGCCUGAGAAGGCUUACGCCGCGCUGAAAAAAGCUUCAAUCAACGGGAUAGAUACAACUAGGGAUGGAAACAAAGGGCAUCUGGUCGAGCGCUGCAUCUUCUCACAGAAGUGCCUCGCAACCGGAUAUAGCUGUAAGCUCGAUCCGAUAGAGGCCAGACGGAUGUAUCAGCGCUUCACAAAAUUGGUCAGCGGCUACCCCGAAAGCAAUCUAGAUACUGACAGAGAUCGGUACAAAAAUAUGGACACUUGUACACCCUCUGCUGAUGCUGAAGGCGAUGUUAGUACAUUGCUUGCCGAGAAAGCAGAAAUGUUGAACCCUUUGCGGGAAUCUUAUAAAAGUAUGGCGACGCACAAACAACCCACUCUGAAGCCCAUUGAGUCUACCGCUGAUGAUACGACUCUGGAGCGGAUAUGGAUGCGGGCAAAGGAAGGAUUUGUUGGGGCGCAAGACUAUAUGAAAGCUUUCGAGUUGAACGUCAGAGUCCUCGACCGCGUAGUGGGUAUGGCCGCAGAUAUAAGUGCUCAAUACGCUGACGAAUAUUUGGCUGAUUUGCGAAAAGUGGCCAGGCUCUCCGAUAUAGUAGCAUCUUCAACGAACGAGGUUCGACUGAUUAAGCUAGUCGCUACGAAACGUCUGCACAUGGAGAAUGGGGUGCACGCAGACGCAUCCUUUUAUUUGCCUACCAAUUAAAACUCAAGAAGCGAUCGACGCGUUCAUCAGGGACAGCCCCCCGGAUCACAGAAAGAUGCCAGAUGCACACUACUCUUUAGGUUCUCUUUAUCUACAACUGCCUACAGAUAUCCAGAAUGCUAAAGAGUAUCAGAAAGGGUUGGAUGCUGAAAAACCUGAAAUACGUAUGCCAGGGUAGCCUCCAAUUGAUAAUGCCUUUCCACCGAAAUGGAUGCUACAUUCACCGACUUUAGCGAAGUGGCCCAAGUCAAUGGUUCACAGACUGGGUAAGGUAACGGUACCGACGGAGAAGAAGAUUUGUGUAGUGUGCGGCGUAGCAACUACUAAUCAAUGCUGCCCGAGUGUCUUCUAUUGCAAUGUCGCAUGCCAGAAGAACAAUUACAAGAUUCACAAACUCGUGUGCCCACGAGGAGUGAAGAAAUGAUCCAUUUCAGCGUGCGGUGCUACAAUUGAAGACCCUCUUGCAGCCCAUCACUCUCCGAGUUCACUCUGCACCCACGAAUAUUUAUAACUACCACCCAACUGAAGCUGAAUUCAAAAGCAUAUCAUCUACAGUUUGGAAAGCGGACAUUUUACUUCGUACUUCUAGUUUGAAGUCAUUUUAUGGGUGAGACCUUCAUUCAGGUCGAAAAACAUAGUUAAUUUAUCAGAGCAACUGUAAGUGAGCGA